GUAGACUCAGGGGCCACCCGCAGCUAUAUUAGUAAGAAAGCGCUGCAGAAGUUGAGGCUGGGACUUAAAGUACAGAAACUGACAGACCCCAUAGUUAGUAUCCUCGCGGACAACCGUACAAUGGUUGUAGAGGAGUAUGUAAAGGGAGUCCAGGCAUAUUUUCGCCUAGAGAAGGAUGGGAAAGUGGAGAAGGUCCUCCACUCCCUGACUCUCCUCGUAGAAGACAGCCUCCCAUUUGAUAUUGUCCUGGGAAUGGAUUGGGGAGAGGCAGCCGGGGCCACGCUCCAUCUGAAAGAGCACGAGUGUAGGCUCCCUAGUUCGGCAGGCGAGGCUCAGACUGCCCGCCUGUUCCAUGUGUCCGGGGUAGAAAAUUCCUUGGCGCAUUGCUGCCUUAGUACCCCUGCGUUCGCCAGAUUGGUGAAGAAGGAGAAAUUAGAGGAACAGGUCUUUGUUGCCUAUGUUAGGCCAGUCACUGAGCCUAAGGAAGAGAAGCCCGUAGACCCUGCUAUUGCCAAAUUGCUGGAAGAGUUUAAGGAUUUGACUGAGCCGCCGACAGGCACGGUGCCGCGGCCCAUCCAGCACCGUAUUGAGAUAGAGCCUGUCAGUAGAACUCCUAAGGGUGCUGUGUAUAGGAUGUCCCCGCGGGAGUUAGAGGAGCUACGGAAGCAGUUGGACGAGCUCAUGGAAAAGGGUUGGAUUAGGCCCAGUUCGUCUCCGUUUGGAGCGCCUGUUCUCUUUGUCCCUAAGAAAGAGGGAGAGCUGAGGAUGUGCAUAGACUAUAGGGGUCUGAAUGCUAUUACAGUAAAGAAUGCUGAGCCACUGCCUAGGAUAGACGAUCUCUUAGAUCGAGUGCAAGGGGCGAAGUAUUUUUCUAAGAUAGAUUUGAAGUCCGGAUAUCAUCAGAUAGAGGUGCAUCCUGAUGAUCAGUAUAAGAUAGCCUUCCGGACUACAUAUGGGCACUACGAGUUCAUAGUGAUGCUCUUUGGACUAACCAACGCGCCAGCCACGUUCCAGCGCUGUAUGAACGAUUUGUUUAGGCCGUGGUUAGACAGAUUUGUUGUAGUUUACUUAGAUGACAUCUUAGUGUUUAGCCGGACCCUCGAAGAGCAUCAGGGUAAUCUCAGGCAGGUCUUGGAGAAGCUGAGGGAAGCUAACUUCAAGAUCAAUGCAAAGAAGUGCGAUUGGGCGAAGACCCAAGUUUUGUAUUUAGGCCACGUCUUAGACGGAGACGGCGUUAAGCCAGAGGAUAGCAAGAUCACAACGAUUAGAGAUUGGCCCACGCCACGUACGCUGACAGAGUUGCGCUCGUUCCUGGGCUUGGCGAAUUACUAUAGGAAGUUCGUGAGGAACUUCUCCACCAUCGCUGCGCCCCUUCGCAGAUUGUUGAGAAAAGAGACCAUCUGGAAGUGGGAUAAGGACUGCAUGUCUGCCAUGAAGAAGUUAAAGCAGGCGUUGAUAGAGUAUCCAGUCCUUAAGGUCGCCGACCCGUCCUUGCCCUUUGUCGCCAUGACCGAUGCGAGUCAAUACGGCAUAGGUGCAGUAUUACAGCAAGAUGAUGGCAAUGGGUAUAGACCCGUAGAGUUCAUAUCCGCCAGAAUGCCUUCAGAGAAGGUCGCGACAUCGACCUAUGAGAGGGAACUCUACGCUCUCAGGCAAGCSUUAGACCACUGGAAGCACUACUUGCUUGGGAGGCACUUCAAAGUCUAUUCUGACCAUGAAACGUUACGAUGGUUAAAGACGCAGGCCAAGAUGACACCUAAGCUUACUAGGUGGGCCGCAGAGAUAGAUCAGUACGACUUCGAGCUCAAGCCUGUCAAAGGGAAGUACAACGUAGUCGCGGAUGCUCUGAGUAGAAGGGCUGAUUACUUUGGGGCGAUAGUGCAUUAUCUUGAUAUAGGGAAGGACCUACAGCAGAGGGUUAAAGAAGCGUACGCGUAGGAUACUAUCUAUAGUAACCUCCUUACGAAAGUGAAAGAGGCCCUAGAGACU